CAUUAAAAAAAUAUAAAAUUCAAAAAUUUAAACAGUGAAGUGGGAAAAAAGUUUAAAAUAAAAAAGUCAAAAAGUAAUUACACACAGUCUUUGACGUCGUCACUUUACCACAUGCAAUCCAUUUUUACAAUUUUCAAACUCGAUCACAUAAUUUGACAAGAACCAUUUGGCUUUUCACCAAACUUGGUAUUGUUCUUUGGCAUUUUCAUUCAAUUGAUGGAGUCACGAUAGCUUAGAUCUGAUCAAAAUUGCCUCUGUGCUCCGUAUCUAAUCUAAUCUACACACCUACCACACUACCAUACUACCACACUUACCAAGCCAUCAUUAGCUGUGAUCUCCAUAACCAGCAACCAUGGCUCAGUCGCCAUCCCAUGCAGCAUACACAAUGAACAACGCCAAGGAACGUCGCAAGGGCACAAUGCCCGAGCCACAGCAGUCGCCUCUCCCACAAUCGCGGGAGCUAGGUCUCGCAACUCCGGAAGUCUCGGUGACCAAACCAUCACCCUUUUCCAAGUCCUGGCCACAUCUAGUUGCUGGAGGCGUGGGAGGCAUGACCGCCGCCAUCCUGACUGCUCCUCUCGACGUUUUGAAAACUCGACUUCAGUCCGACUUCUACCAGGCCCAACUCCGAGCUGCGCGAGAAGCGACGGGCAUGGCGCGACUUGGCCCAUGGCGCACUGCCACUUAUCACCUACAAGAAACAUUUCAGAUCCUUCGCGACGUACAUCGCAUAGAAGGUUCGCGCGCCCUGUUCAAAGGCCUGGGGCCCAAUUUGUUGGGAGUAAUACCGGCGCGAAGCAUCACAUUCUAUGUAUACGGAACGGGCAAGCGAGCCUAUUCGCAGUGGACGGGCGCAUCUCCGGAUAACCCAGGAAUACACCUCAUCAGUGCGGUAACGGCAGGGAUUGCGACAGGAACGGCCACAAAUCCGAUUUGGCUUAUCAAGACGCGAUUACAGCUCGACAAGAACAAUGCCGAGAAGAAGGGCGAUGUGAGCGCGCGCCGCUAUCGUAAUAGUUGGGACUGCAUUCGCCAGGUGCUGCGAGAUGAAGGGCCCCGUGGCUUCUUCAAGGGCCUCAGCGCAAGCUACCUCGGCGUUACUGAAAGCACGCUGCAAUGGAUGAUGUACGAGGAGCUCAAGCGCCAGCUGCGAUUACGUGAGGAACACAUUGUGCAGAGCGGAAAGGUGAAGGACUGGUGGGACCACACGGUUGACUGGACAGGCAAUUUCAUGGGCGCCGGUGCUGCCAAGGGGCUGGCAGCUAUUUUGACAUAUCCACAUGAGGUUGCGAGGACCCGUCUAAGACAAGCACCGGUAGGAGACGGGAGACCUAAGUAUACGGGGCUUGUACAGUGCUUUAAGCUCGUCUGGAAGGAGGAGGGUUUCGUCGGUCUAUAUGGCGGCUUAACUCCUCACCUUAUGCGCACAAUUCCCUCAGCUGCCAUCAUGUUUGGCAUGUACGAGGGCAUACUCAAACUUCUCAGCACAAAGAGCUAGAGGAUUCUAGCCCAUGUAACCACAUCUCCUUCCCAGAUGACUCGGGUCGUUAUAAACGGUGAGAAAACUGGAAAGGAGGUGGGAUGAAUGUGUCUACCAUGACCGUGAUCAUACCGGUACUGCGAGUGUGUGGCAUUUGGGAGGUGGCUUACUGCCACAAAUAACCUGCUUCGUUAUAGACGGUGCAUUUGAUACUGGUCACGCAUCCAUGUACCAUUGAGAGAGCUCUGCGAGCUUUCAAAGGAACUACCCAACUCCUAUUACCAGUUUCUAUCGAUGCACAAACCUACACACCAACACACUCAUUGUGUAGGGAACAGAAUCCCACCACUGGUAUUGUAUAUCAAAGUAAAAUGAACAAGGAAAUGUACCAUAUGAAGAAAUGGGUGACCAAGUGGUCGGAGAGAAAGAGAACUUACCCUGAAAUUUGGUCGGGGGCGGCUGAUCAGCUGACUACCUACUAGUAUAGGGCAGUUGACUCAAUCGCAGAUAUACAUGAGGUAUGAUUGGUAGUCACGAUCUGUUGGCCAAAGCAUAUGGCAUUCCCGGAGUUCAGGAAAAUAGGGAAGAAAAAAGUGCGUGGCAGAUGGGAUGAAUUACUGUACGUAGUACGAGAAAAGGAGAAUAGGACGAAACUUGAAAUGACCACUCUGCGGA